AUGACCAAAGCCCGCAUCUGGAAACAAAGCCUCCCAUCCAGAAUCUGGUGCAAGUUAAUCGAAUUCCACUCCCCUGGACGGCCCCGGCAGUCCCGCACGAUCAGGUGGCGGUGUCAACCCGGUAUCUUCCUUCGUCUUCAGCAAACUACUGCACAUUUCCAAGCUAUUCCUCGCCUCCUGCGCAACCUGCAACUCAACCGGAAUGCCAGCGUCUACGGCCUCGGCCUGAACAAGUAUCAUGCUGAGAAACAUGUGAUUCUUCAAAUUUGUCUCCCCAUGCCGGAUGCAUCCCUCGGGCAACGAGAUGAGGUCGCGGACAGCCUGCUCGAGGAACUCGCGGUGCUGGCGCGUCCGGUGCAGCGUGCCAUUGAGGCGCUGGGCCUCGAGGUGCCGCAUCGGAUGACCUCUCGAAAAGCCCCACCGCCAAUUGCCAUCAACUGGGCAAAGGUGUGGUCCCUUGGUUGCUGA